AUGAAGCUCAACCCUGCUAAGUGUGCAUUUGGGGUGACAGCUGGUAAAUUCUUGGGGUUCAUGGUGCAUUACCGGGGGAUUGAGGCUAACCCCUCGAAGAUAAAAGUCAUUCUCGAGAUGCCUCCUCCUCGUAGUAUCAAGGAGGUGCAGAGACUAACCGGGAGGAUAGCGGCAUUAGGGAGUUCGGUUUUGGUACGGGAUGAGGACAAAGUUCAAAAGUCGGUCUAUUAUGUGAGCAAGAGAUUGUCUGGAGCCGAGAUUCGUUACACUCCAAUAGAAAAGUUGGCCUAUGCCCUAGUCAUCUCCGCUCGAAAGUUGAGGCCUUACUUCGAGGCACACCAUAUUAUCGUCCUAUCAAGUCAGCCAUUGAGGCAUGUGUUGGGAAAGUCGGACUUGUCAGGGAGGAUGCUCAAGUGGGCGGUAGAGCUAAGUGCUUUCGACAUCGACUAUCGACCUCGACUAGCCAUCAAGGCACAGGCUCUUGCUGACUUUAUCGUGGAGGGCACCCUACCAAUGGAAGCAGACGAAGGGGUUUCCCAGACUUGGACUCUCUCUGUGGAUGGCAGCUCCAGUGUCGAAGAUAGUGGUGCUGGAUUACUGCUCCAGAGCCCCGAUGGCCAAGCUUGGCCAUAUGCCCUCCACUUCGAGUUCAAUGCCUCUAACAAUGAGGCUGAGUACGAGACGCUCAUUGCCGGGCUCAAACUAGCGGAACAGAUGGAAGUCACAGGGGAGUUUGAAGCCCGAGAAGACGCCAUGGCCCAAUACUUGGCAAUAGCCAAGGAUCUUAUAGCAUGGUUUCAAGCGGUAAAAAUCAAUUAUGUCCCACGUGCGCAGAAUGCAUUGGAAGAUGCUCUCUUGAGGAUAGCUGCUUCUUCCGUCCCCAGGAAUUCCCGAGCUGUCUACAUGGAGUCAUUACCCCAGAUGAGUAUAGAGACAGAAGUAGAGCAGCUUUGCGUAGAAGGGGGAGUGGAUAUCGUCGGGCCCUUCCCGUUAGCGGAUGGACAGAACAAGUACCUGAUAGCGGCCAUCGACUACUUUACUAAGUGGGUGGAGGCUGAGCCUUUGGCAACUAUUAUAGGCCGGAGGGUAAAGCAAUUCCUCUGGAAAUCCAUCAUCUGCCGGUUCGAUAUUUCAAGGGUGAUAAUAACGGAUAAUGGCACUCAAUUCGAGGACCGAUUGGUGCAAGAAUGGUGCCGCGAGUUGGGGAUUAAGCAACAUUUUACCUCAGUGGCCCAUUCUCAAGCUAAUGGGCAGGUGGAGCUGACGAACAGGACCAUCCUACAAGGACUCAGAGCUCGGGUUGACAAGGCGGACGACCGGUGGGUAGAUGAGCUCCCAAAUAUACUAUGGUCCUACCGAACCAUGCCGCGAAUGGUUACAGGAGAAUGUCCUUUCACAUUGUGCUAUGGCUCGGAGGCUCUUAUCCUUAUCGAGAUUGGGGUGACGAGCUACCGAGUGGAGCAUUUCCAUCCAGAGGUUAAUAAACAAGGGCUAAGGUGCAACUUGGAUCUAAUGGAUGAGUUUCGAGACCUGGCGCAAAUUCGACAAGCCGCGUAUAACCAACGCAUUGCUAGGAUAACUUUGAGCCCGCUCGGGAUAGCUCUGCCUCAAGUUCCUGAAUACGUUGGUCCAAUGAUUGCCGCUCGGAGGACAACUUAUCCAGGUUCUUCCUCUGGCUCUCCAGUAAUUCGUCCCUCUCAUGCAACUGUGUAUCCUACUCCAAGGUCUUUCUGGAAGUUUGGGAAAAACGUCCAGAAAAGUUUGAAACGAGCGUGA